AUGGUGAAUUUGUACAUUGAUGCGCAGAUUCAUCAGCAUUCUCCUCAAUCCGAUGGUUGGCAAAUGACCUCAUCAUUGCCCAAAUCCAUCUCAUCAACACGACAACAAUACAAUAAUAGCAAGCCUUAUUACCGUUCCAUGUGUAUGACACUGUUAUUCUAUUGUUGUUGCUUGUUGUUAGUAGUAUCAAGCACAAGUUUUCUAGUAAGCAAUGUCCAUUCGUUACCAAUAUGUAACGGAAGGCUCUCAACAGACAAUUUGGUUUGUUCAGGACAUGGAUGGUGUACAGACGCUGGCGUAUGUAUGUGCGAUCCUGAUUAUAACGGCACGAAUUGUGAACAAUUUACAUGCAAUGGAAUUGCAAGUGGAGAAGCUAGUGUUUGCAGCGGACAUGGUCAAUGCAUAGAGCCACUUGGCUGUAGAUGCGAUGUUGGCUAUAAAGGAUUGGCUUGUGAACAAUUAUAUGAUCCUAAUGCUCCAUCUACAAGUAGUUGCAUUACAGAUGCUAGUGGACAAUGUACAACCUCGUCUUCACUCUCACAAACAGCAGCAUUAGGUAAUUCACAAUCUGAUUCUGGAACCUCUUCUUCGUGUACAUCACCCAACGAUGUCAUAACCAACCCUCUGUGUUCAACUCCUUCAAGCGGCGCAACGAGUUCUUGGUCUUUCAAUGAAGAUUUUCAAAUGUACUUUACCCUGAACGAAACAAAACAAGUAGGGUCAUAUAGAUUUGUUGUUGAUAGUUUCAAUCAAGAUUAUAUGCUAUUGCUUGGCAAUGGUGUAACUUUAGAGACUGUUGACAAAAUGCGGGGCAAUGCGCUUUCAUUCUCUGGUAUUGGUGGUAUUAAUCUCAACAAAAGCCCUCUUGCAUACAUGUCCAAUGAUUUUACCAUAAGCAUUUGGAUCAAAUUGGAUUCCACCAUAACCUCACAACAAACAAUAUUUUCAAUUAACAGUACAGUCUCUUGUUGGUCAUUUUCAUUGAAUCCAUCUUCAAUGGCUUCGUUCAAAAGUGAAGUUCAUUCUGACCUCUCUUGUUCAAUUCCAACCGCAUUGAUGAAUGAUGCUGGUUAUAAGCAUUUGAUCAUUUCAAAAUCAAACAGUGCAGGUCUCAAAGUGAUUAUUGGAAGAUCUCUCCCUAAUACUACAUACUUUACAUGUAUUGACGAGCCAACACUCACUUCAGACUUGAAUAACCCACAAAACGUCGAAGGAAAUAGUGCCAUAGGGUAUAAUGCAAACUCAGGAUCUGCAUUCUUUGAAGGUAAACUUGACGAGAUGCACAUUUUCCAUAGAACUCUCUCUGAUAAUGAAAUUUCAGUACUUAGAUACAAGGGAUAUGGUUGUUUAGACGUUCAGUACUCAACAAAUGAAUCAUUGUGCAAUUAUGGUGAUUGUAUUAGUGGAACAAAGUGUCAAUGCAAGGACAGUAGAUUCAUGGGAGACGAUUGUGCUGCUUCAUGUUUUGGAAUUAGGGCAGAUAAUGAAUCGUUUGUUUGUUCGGGACUUGGUGUUUGUACUUCGCUCGACACAUGUGAGUGCGACCAAAAUCAUUAUGGACCCGAUUGUUCUUUCUUGAAAAGCGUUUCUUACGUGAAUCAGACUUUCACACUAAAAUGGAGAUUUCAUGAGAAGUAUAUUUCCACAGAUCUUAAAGUCGAAGAGUUGAGAGGUCACUUUAAUAUUACAAUAGAAGGAACAACAAUGCUCGAAUCAAGAUUCAAUAGAGAUUUUGGUCUUGUUCAACUUGACGGAAUUUCAAAUUACAUUGAUUUAUACAAUCAUCAAGAUGAUUCCCCUUUCAGAAAGUUGAGAAAUAAUUUUCAUCUUUUCAUUCGUAUCAGUUCUCCCGUGUUUGAGCGUGUUUAUGAUGAAAUUUUCCAAGAAAUUUUGAAUUUAAAUAGUGGAGCCAAGUGGAGGCUGGCCAUGUCAAACAAGGGAUAUUUUGUUUUUGAAGGAUGGGAACGCUCCUCUUCUCAAUCAAUUCCACAAAAAAUAUCUUUCAACACAACAAUAAUCACUCCUACAAAUGAUGGCUUCUACGAAAUUUUCAUCAUCAAAAGCGCAAGAGAUGGUCUGAAAAUUCUGAUUAAUAACCAGACCGUUGUUUAUGAUUUUUUAAGAGUUAACAACUUUGAAAAGUACACUGAUCCAAACGUUGGUUUAUUAUCGGAUGAUUCCUUUGAAUAUAUAACAUUGGGAAACAAACCAUCACUCAAUGGUGGAGGAUCAAAUUACUUGAACAGCUUUUUGGAUAGGUUGAUCAUUUGGAAAAACGAUGAUACAGCCCCUACCGCAUCCUAUGAUGAUAUGACAAAGGAGUUUACAUGUUCACUCAAAGAUCAAAUUUAUGCAGAUGAUUUUUGUUCUUCUCACGGAAAGUGCAUUGGAAUGGAUGAGUGCCAUUGUUUCUCGCCGUUUACUGGAACAUUUUGUGAGACACCAAUUUAUAUUUGUUUUGGCAUUUCAGGCAAUAGUACAAAUGUUUGCAGUGGCAAUGGAAAUUGUACAAACACUGAUGUUUGUACAUGUAACGCAAAUUUUGAAGGUAUUGAAUGUAACGAAACCAUUACAACAAACACAACUGGUCCUCAACCAACUUGCGUUCUAAAUUUACAAGGACAAUGUUCACAGGAAUAUGAUUCAUCCUCAGGUACUAGUGGCUAUACCUACAAAGGUACGAUACCAUCAACCUCAACCGGAUCUUCAUUACCAUGUCAAUCAGUUGGAGAUUUUCUUCAAAGUAUUAGUAUUUGUACUUUUGAUUUUGUUAGAUCAGAUUUUUAUUUAAAGAAUUUGAGAAAAAUGUCUCCGCUUCCAUCCACUGGAACAUCAUACAACUUUGAUAACUUGGUUUAUGAUCCCAUCUUUGACAGAAUUUACUUUGUUGACAAUAAUCAGAAUUUCACAUCAUUUUUCCAAAAUGCCAAGAUCCAACCAAGCUUUUUACCUGAUGGAGGAGAAUGUCUUGUUUUUGAUGGAACAACUUUUUCUCUGUUUGAAGGAUACUCUUAUUUGACAUCACUGGACAAUGAUUUUACUCUUACACUCUGGUUAAAACUGACUGCUAUGGAUAUUAGACAAACAAUUGUUUCGAUUGACGACGAGACCAGAUGGGAGCUCUUUAUUGAUAAUGAUAACCUUCUUAAGAUGAAUUAUCCUGGUGGUCUAUUAACAAGUUCUUUCAGAGCGAGUACUUCUGAAUAUUUUCUCGUUACAGUGAACAAAACAUCAACAACCGGGUUACAGCUCUCUGUAAAUAUGACUGUUGUUUUUGCAAAUUCAUCCUUUAUUGAAAGCAUUCCAUCAUCAGGAGAGAAUGAAAAAGCUGCUUCAUCCAUUGGUUUUGAUGUAGUAACCAAUAGCAGUUACUUGCAUGGUAUGAUUGAUAAUUUUAGAGUGUCUUUUACUCCAUAUAUGGAUUAUCAAAUGAACCAAGUUUUCUUUGGUGAUACAGGUUGUUUUGGAAAAGUGAAUCCUCAUGUAUGCAAUGGUCGUGGAUUGUGUUCCAAUUCCGAUAUGUGUAACUGUGCAGAUGGUUAUUUUGGUAAUGAGUGCGAGUUUACUACUUGCUUUAGAAUUUUAAAUACUGCCCCCAACGUCUGUAGUUCAAAUGGUACAUGUUCUGCAUUUGAUAAUUGCACAUGUUCUACUGGAUUUUCAGGUUCUAAUUGUGCCAUACAAACCUCUGUAAUUAAUGAUCUAUUGUCAAGAUUUGGAAGCUCUUUUGAACAGAGAUUUAUUUUCAAUAACUUCAAUUUCAUGGAAUCUGGUACUGCGAGAGAAGCUGGAGACUCUGGUUUUAUUUUAACAAACUUGAUCACAAGUGAUGCUGGUGCUCUUAGUGCUACUCUUGGAGGAGAUGCCUCUCCAUUUUCCUUACUUUACAAUGACUUUAUUGUUCAUAUUCGAGCUUCUUUUGGUAGCUUUAACUCGAACCAAUCUUUGCUAAGCCUAAACAACAUUGCUGGUUGGAACUUACGUGAAGAAGGAUACGAUUUAGUUCUUGAAACAAACACUGGUGCUAUUAUUGAAAGGAGAUUGGUCAUGAGUUUUAUUCUUGUUCUUCCAAAUCAUGUUUAUGAUAUUCAUAUUCGAAAGAGUUCAACAACCGGUAUUUCUGUUUUUGUUGAUGGAUCUCUUGUUGGAGAGUUCAACAAUGCAACAGAAGAUUUGAUUACGAGUGAAAGACGACCAAGUACUCUCGGUGGAGACAAUCAAAACGUCGUUAUUGAAAGUUUUUACGUUCAGUAUAGACCAAAUCUUUCAAGUAAUACCUUCAAUCCAGGAUAUGAUCCAAGUCUUUGGAGCUGCUUUAAUAUUUCUAACACAGAUCAUGUUUCUGUAUGCUCUGGGAGAGGUGUUUGUCAUGGAAAAGAUGUUUGCAAAAAAUGUGCCAAUUCUGAGGGUGUUAUGUGUGAAAUUCCAUUUUGUUUCAAUGUUUCAGCAUCCAAUAGAAGUUCAGUUUGUUCAGGACAUGGAUAUUGUACUGAAAUUGACCGUUGUGAUUGUAUGGAACCUUUUAUGGGAAGUCAAUGUGAAGUGGAUCGAUCACAAAUGUACAUGUAUAGCGACAACGGAACUAUUAGCAAUAACGCAACUCCUAGCAACUUUACACCUCCAGAUCCAUGUACAGACUUGACCACUCCUGGUUGUGUGUCAAUUGAUUCAAAUAUCGAUCAAAAUACUGCACAAAAUUGUAGAGACAUUGUCAGCCCAUCGGCACUAUGCCAAAAUUUACUCAAUGACCAAAUACUCUCGUCAAAUGUCUCGUUCAACGUUACCGUUUGUGAAGAUGGUUAUUAUGGAGAACCUAAUAGUACUAUUUGCAAACCCAUGUGUUAUGGUGUGAAAGCAGAAAAUACCACUGUCUGUAGUGGACAUGGUAAUUGCACGAUGAAGAACUUUUGUGUAUGUCACAUGAACUAUGAAGGAGACAAUUGCCAUAUCGAUAAAACAUACAAGACAAUCAUUGACGAAGAAAUAGCUUCUUGGAAUGAUACAGAGUUUAUAUUAGGUUUUCUGGCAAGAAGUAACGACAACACAAGCUUGUACCAAGUUGGUGGAGCUACAAGCAGUUUAGCCAGACUUGAUGAUUCUACAUAUCAUGCUCUACCACGCAUGCUUUUUAAUGACUGGUUUAUUUCUUUUAAACUGUUCCCCAUACAAUAUGAUGACAGUGAAAAACCAAUUGUUGUUAUCAAGAAUAUUGCUCAUUGGAAACUUUAUAUGAAGAAGACAUCUCUGUUUUUGUCUGGCAUCACUAGGGAAAAAUCAACUCCAGAUAACAUUGAACUCACAAAGCUGUUGGAAAUUCCAAAUAUUUGGUACAAUAUUCUAAUCAUCAAAUCCAGCUCCAAUGGAACAAGUCUGUAUGUGAAUUCUCGUUUUGAGUAUAAUUUGGCAUACUUUGAUGACUACUUUUCUCUUGAAGAGUCUCAAAACGGCAACAGCUUUGUUUCAUUCCCUUCUUCCUUUGGAUAUAUCGAUGAAGUCAUGAUUGGAAAGGUUAAUGUUGGUACUACUUUUGACCACAUUCACUCACUCGCAACCAGUAAGGCAGUAUUCAAAUGUUUUGGAGUUUCGUUGAGGGAAACAGCUGCUUGUAAUGGACAUGGUUCAUGUUUAGGAAAUGAUAUUUGUGAGUGUAAUGCUAACUACACCAACACCGACUGUAGCUCGCCAGUUUGUUUUGGUUUGGGCGCAAAUGAUGAUCAAGUUUGCUCUAGUAGUGGAGACUGUGUAGCACCAAACUAUUGUUCUUGUGCACCUGGAUUUGUUGGAACUCAGUGCCAAACUCAACUUUUAACAACUACAUGCAAUAGUGCCGAAGGAAAUUGUACAGCCAAUAACGCUACGUCGUUCUUUAAUAACAUGGAUAACGCAACAUUCACAUCAAGCACACCUGAUUGUUCAAGCGCAGAGAAUCGAUAUGCUUGUGGUGGAAUUGGUCCUCAAACAUCAACUCCUUCUGUUGUUUUCAACAUUAGCACAUGUCAAGAUGGAUAUUAUGGUGACAAUUGUUCAUUACCAAUUUGUUUUGGAAUCAAGUCAGAAGAUCCAACAGUUUGUUAUGGUAAUGGUAAUUGUACCAUGAAAGACUUUUGUGUUUGCGUCAACUCGAGUUACACAGGUAGAGAUUGCGGUAACGAUUUGCGUUUUCUGUCUAAACUUACUUCUGAAGAACAAUUGUCAAUGAUACCUCUGAGUAUUAGGUUUGUCACUUCUGUAUCUCGAGUUACUGACAACCAAUUACGUGACUUGGAAAGCGAAAUGGUGAGGUUUAUUGUUGAUGAUAUGCAUCAAAUCAAUGGAUCACUAGCUUUUAAAGAAGCAUAUACAAAGGUAUACCUUCCAUAUAGUUUUACUUCUCCAAUGAGACUAUUUACCCGCGACGUAUUUGUAUCACUCUCGUUUAAGGCAACAGCAUUCACAACUUACAAUCCUAUAAUUCAUUUUAGAAACGGAUUAUGGCUCGAUGUGCAUCUUGAAGAUAGAUCAAUCGUUGUGCAAGGUAGAAGCUUAGAUUCGCCAAAUCCAGUAGUAAUCAGAAUUGAAAAUGUUAUUGAGGUAACAAAUGUUUGGUAUACCUUGAUUCUUUAUCUGUCUGACGAUAAUACCAAAGUUGUCUAUAAUGGCAAUGUUGUAUAUUCGUCUCCAUUGAAUUAUCAAUUCGUAACUCCAAAUCCUGUUGAAACUGGUGAGAGUUAUAUUGGAUCCAACAUGGAUACUCAUGGAACACUCAUCACGUUCAACGGGUUCAUUGAUGAAAUUUAUAUUGGAAGAAUAGACAGAUUGUCCGUAGAAGAAGUAACAUCGCUAGUACAUAGAAAAACUGGAUUUACUUGCUUUACUGAAUAUCUGACAAGCCCAAAUGCAUGUAACGGAAAUGGAGUGUGUAUGGGCAAUGAUGUGUGUAAAUGUAAUUCAAAUUACACAGGAAGUGAUUGCAGUGUUCCAAUUUGCUUUGGAAUUGCAGAUGGACAAUCAAAUGUUUGUUCGGGACAUGGUAACUGCACAGCUCCAAAUGAAUGCACCUGUGCACCUGGAUUCACAGGCAGUCAAUGUCAAACAGACACAUCUUCAACCACAUGUGAUGAUCCUGAAGGAAACUGCACUUCAAACAAUGCCACUUCAUUCUUUGAAACAUUCAGAAAUGAGACAUUCACAUCAAGCACACCUGAUUGUUCAAGACCUGAAAAUAGAUAUGCUUGUGGUGGCAUUGGUCCUCAAACAUCAACUCCUUCUGUUGUUUUUAAUAUUAGCACAUGUCAUGAUGGAUAUUAUGGCGUGAAUUGUUCAUUACCAAUUUGUUUUGGUGUAAAAUCGGAAGACCCAACAGUCUGCUCAGGCAAUGGUAAUUGUACCAUGAAAGAUUUUUGUGUUUGCCGAAAUGGCACCACUGGGCAAAGUUGUGCAAACGACCUGAACUAUUUAGCGUUCCUAGCGACAACAGAACAACAAAUGCUUGCUGACUUCCCUUCUUACAGCUUUAGAACAACAACACAAGCAGAUGUUAUGGAAGCUGCCCAAUCUUUCGCUACCAGACGUUUACUUGCUCUCUCUCAGUCCAUGGUCAUCACUGACUUGGGCGACGGUGGAAUUGAAAUGAUUGUGGAUCAAAUAACAGUUGUUAAUGGUACCUUAUCAUUCGGAGAGGAAGGAACUGAAAUUACUUUACGAACAGCUUCUUCGGAAACAGCACUAUUUAGUUUUGUAAGAGACGUAUUUGUAUCAUUCUCAAUCAGAGUCUCUAAUUUUAAAGAUUUCAGUCCCAUCAUGUUUCUUCGAAAUGGUAUUUGGAUGAAGGUAUAUUUGAAUCAAAAGCAAAUUAUUGUUGAAGGAAUGACUGAAGAGUAUCCAUAUCCAGUUAAAAUUCAGACACAGAGCGUUAUUGAUCUUGCAAACGAGUGGUAUUCCGUUCUACUUUUCUUGUCUGAAUCUAGCACUCGCAUCGCUGUGAACGGCACCACUGUAUUUAACUCUUCAUUGGCAUAUCAAUUUAAGGCAACAAAUCCACAAAUGAACGGUGAUGGAUAUAUUGGUUUUAUUCCUGCUGAAUUGAGUGCUAAUGGUGAAAAAGAAUUCUUUAAUGGUUUCAUUGACGAGAUUAAUAUUGGAAGAGUUGAUGGAAUGUCGUUCGAGGAAGUGUACGAACUGAUCGCAGACAAAACUGGAUUCUCUUGCAAUGGCGUAUAUCUCAGAAGUACAUUGGGAUGCAACGGAAAUGGUAUAUGUUUGGGCAAUGAUGUGUGUAAAUGUAAUUCAAAUUACACAGGAAGUGAUUGCAGUGUUCCAAUUUGCUUUGGAAUUGCAGAUGGACAAUCAAAUGUUUGUUCGGGACAUGGUAACUGCACAGCUCCAAAUGAAUGCACCUGCGCCCCUGGGUUCACAGGAAGACAAUGUCAAACAGACACAUCUUCAACCACAUGUGAUGAUCCUGAAGGAAACUGCACUUCAAACAAUGCCACUUCAUUCUUUGAAACAUUCAGAAAUGAGACAUUCACAUCAAGCACACCUGAUUGUUCAAGACCUGAAAAUAGAUAUGCUUGUGGUGGCAUUGGUCCUCAAACAUCAACUCCUUCUGUUGUUUUUAAUAUCAGUACCUGUCAAGAUGGAUAUUAUGGUGACAAUUGCUCACUACCAAUUUGUUUUGGAAUCAAGUCAGAAGACCCAACAGUCUGCUCAGGCACCGGUAACUGUACUAUGAAAGAUUAUUGUGUGUGUUAUAACUCUACAUUCACUGGAAAAGACUGUUCGAGCAACAGAACAUAUUUGGAACAAGUUCAAGAAAUGGCCGCAACGUUUAAACAAAAUUCUAGUGAUUGCUCAUUCAGAGUAUCGACAGACUCGUCUUAUAUUGACGAAGAUAUCAUUCAAGAACUUGGAUACGGCAAUGUUAUUCUUUUAAUUAGGCAUUUGACACUGGUCGAUGAAAGCAUUUUGUUCAGGGAAGGUGGUACGGAAAUUACUAUAAUUUCCACCAACCCCGUAAACGCGUUCCAAACUUUGACUCAUGAUGUUUUUAUAUCCCUUUCGAUCAAGGUUCUGGAGUUUUCUGAACACAGCCCUAUCAUUCACGUUCGCGAUGGCAUGUGGUUCAAGUUGUAUUUGCAAGGUAAAUCAUUGGUAUUUGAGGGAAGAGAUUUGGAAACUUCCUUGCCAUAUUACAUCACGAUUAACAACACCAUUGAAAAUAUUGAUUAUUGGUACAGUAUAAUAUUUGUACUGGCAGAUGUUGGUACAACUGUAAUCGUCAACGGUAACAUCGUAUUUACCUCUCCGCUCAUUUACACUGUUCAAUCUCCAAAUCCAAAUUUCAAUGGCAAUGGAUACAUAGGUUUUAUGCCAACUGAUAACACGACUUCAUAUCAUUUCCAUGGAUUCAUCGACCAAAUUUUUAUGGGUACAAUUGAAGGUCAGCCUAUCUCAAACAUAACGGACAAAGUACAGUCAAAAACAGGACUUUCUUGUUUCGGGGAAUACUUGACAAGCGCUACAGCUUGUAGUGGACACGGAGUGUGCAUGGGCAAUGAUGUGUGUAAAUGCAAUUCCAGUUUCACUGGUGCCUCGUGUAAUGUUCCAAUUUGCUUUGGAAUUGCAGAUGGAGAAACAAAUGUUUGUUCAGGACAUGGCAAUUGCACAGCUCCAAAUGAAUGCACCUGCGCACCUGGAUUCACAGGAAGUCAAUGUCAAACGGACACAUCUUCAACCACAUGUGAUGAUCCUGAAGGAAACUGCACUUCAAACAAUGCCACUUCAUUCUUUGAAACAUUCAGAAAUGAGACAUUCAACUCCAGCUCACCUGAUUGUUCAAGACCUGAAAAUCGAUAUGCUUGUGGUGGAAUUGGUCCUCAAACAUCCACACCUUCUGUUGUUUUUAAUAUUAGCACAUGUCAUGAUGGAUAUUAUGGUGACAAUUGCUCACUACCAAUUUGUUUUGGAAUCAAGUCAGAAGACCCAACAGUCUGUUCGGGCAAUGGUAACUGUACUAUGAAAGAUUAUUGCAUUUGUUAUUCCUCCACGUUUACAGGACGAAAUUGUGCUAACAACAUGACCUAUAUCAACGAAUUGAAGCUACAACAAGAUAGAGCAAUGCAAAACACAUCUUUCCGUGUUGCUACCGCAACCAAUUACCUAAAAACUGACGAAAUAUUGCAAGAACUAGCGGACAACAAUUUACUUUUGCGAAUUCAGCAUCUGACUUUAGUGGAUAACCAAAUUUUAUUCGGAGACAACGCUACCCGUAUCACCAUCGUUUCACUUAAUGAAUCGAACCCAUUCCGUUCGUUGACUCGUGAUAUUUUCAUUUCACUCUCCAUAAAGGCUACACAGCUACAGCCAGUUAGCCCAAUAUUACACGUUCGUGAUGGCAUGUGGUUCAAAUUAUAUCUGGUCGAAGGCGAUUUAAUAUUUGAAGGCAUGUCGACUGAAUCGCCAUAUCCCUAUGUAAUCCGUAUCAACAACAUUAUUGAGCUUGUGAAUGAAUGGUAUUCUAUUCUGUUUAUACUUUCGGACGAAAGAACUCAAGUUGUAGUGAACGGUACCAUUGUAUACUCAUCACAGCUAGCUUACCAAGUUCAAUCACCAAAUCCAAGUUUCAAUGGUAAUGGAUAUAUUGGAUUUUUGCCCAUUGAUAACGUAACUUCAUCGCACUUUAGUGGUUUUAUUGAUGAAAUUUACAUUGGCAAAAUUUUGGGCAAAGACACUAGCAAUAUCAGCGAAGUCGUUUCAAGUAAGGCCGGGCAUUCAUGUUUCGGAGAAUACUUAACAAGUCCCCACGCAUGUAAUGGAAAUGGAUUGUGUAUGGGCAGUGAUGUGUGUAAAUGCAAUUCCAGUUUCACUGGUGCCUCGUGUAAUGUUCCAAUCUGCUUUGGAAUUUCAGAUGGACAAUCAAAUGUUUGUUCAGGACAUGGCAAUUGCACAGCUCCAAAUGAAUGCACCUGCGCACCUGGAUUCACAGGCAGUCAAUGUCAAACAGACACAUCUUCAACCACAUGUGAUGAUCCUGAAGGAAACUGCACUUCAAACAAUGCCACUUCCUUCUUUGAAACAUUCAGAAAUGAAACAUUCACAUCAAGCACACCUGAUUGUUCAAGACCUGAAAAUCGAUAUGCUUGUGGUGGAAUUGGUCCUCAAACAUCCACACCUUCUGUUGUUUUUAAUAUUAGCACAUGUCAUGAUGGAUAUUAUGGCGUGAAUUGUUCAUUACCAAUUUGUUUUGGUGUAAAAUCGGAAGACCCAACAGUCUGCUCAGGCAAUGGUAACUGUACUAUGAAAGAUUUUUGUGUCUGCUCAAACUCAGCAUUCACUGGAAUAGACUGUUCGGUAAGCAUGACUUACUUGGAACUUCUAAAACGUACGAAAGAACAACUCAACAAAACACUACCAGGAUUUUCGUUUAGACUUUCAUCUUCGUUGAGCUUUGUCAUUGAUAACAAAACACAAGAUUUAGGAAACAGCAAUCUCACCAUCUAUGUGUCAAAAUUAACAACAACACCCGAAAAUGAUUCCAUAUUGUUUACAGAUAAUGGUACUCAAAUAAUUAUUUCCUCGUCCCGAGAAUCAACUCCUUUGUACGCACUUACGGAUGACGUUUUUGUGUCCUUCUCUAUAAAACCAGCCAUACUGAAAGAAUUUAAUCCAAUCCUUCAAAUUAAUGAUGGAAUGUGGUGUAAAAUUUAUUUGGCCGAGAAAUCUCUCAUUGUGGAAACACGAAGCGAAGACUCCCCAUUCCCAGUAGUUAUACGCCUAAGCAACACCAUAGACAUACCUAAUGUAUGGUAUAAGGUUGUGUUAGUCAUGGCCGACUAUGGUACAACAGUAACAGUGAACGGAGACGUAGUUUUCAACUCUAGUCUCACGCACCAAUUCAAAUCAACAAACCCAUCUCAAAAUGGCGACAGUUAUAUUGGCUUUAUACCAAACGGAAACGAUACUGCAAGCAACUUCAAUGGCUUAAUUGAUGAAAUUUAUAUUGGUCAUGUUCAAUCUAGAACUCCAAGCCAAAUUCUGUCACUGAUUGUUUCAAAGGCUGGUUACUCGUGUUUCGGAGAAUACUUGACCAGUCGCGCUGCAUGUCACGGAAAUGGUAUAUGUUUGGGCAAUGAUGUGUGUAAAUGUAAUUCAAAUUACACAGGAAGUGAUUGCAGUGUUCCAAUAUGUUUUGGAGUUUCAGAUGGACAAUCAAAUGUUUGUUCGGGACAUGGUAACUGCACAGCUCCAAAUGAAUGCACCUGCGCACCUGGAUUCACAGGAAGUCAAUGUCAAACAGACACAUCUUCAACCACAUGUGAUGAUCCUGAAGGAAACUGCACUUCAAACAAUGCCACUUCCUUCUUUGAAACAUUCAGAAAUGAAACAUUCACAUCAAGCACACCUGAUUGUUCAAGACCAGAGAAUCGAUAUGCUUGUGGUGGAAUUGGUCCUCAAACAUCAACUCCUUCUGUUGUUUUCAACAUUAGCACAUGUCAAGAUGGAUAUUAUGGUGACAAUUGCUCACUACCAAUUUGUUUUGGAAUUAAGUCAGAAGACCCAACAGUCUGCUCAGGAAAUGGUAACUGUACUAUGAAAGAUUAUUGUGUUUGCUUCAACAACUCCAGAUACUCUGGCAAAGAUUGUUCUGUGGAUACACUUUAUUUGUCCCAACUGUUAGAAAUGGCUGGAUCUCUCUCCUCUCAAAACCAAGAUUAUGGUUUCAGAUUGUCGACCAAAGCAAGCAGUGUAGAAUCUGUGGCAGGUUUAUCAUCUCGGCACUUGCUCAGCAUUGCACAAGAUAUAACAUGCACUGAUUUAGGAAACGGAUCCAUUCCAAUUAUUAUAUCAUCACCCGUUGUUACUGAUGGAAGAUAUGAAUUUAUGCCAUAUGGUACCGAAAUUACACUUCACACAGAUGGGUUGAUCUCUCCACUGUACACCCUUACUCAAGACAUUUUUAUAUCCUUCUCUAUUCACGUCACCGAAAUGAAUGAUACUAAUCCAAUUUUACACUUCAGAAAUGGUCUUUGGGUAAAGAUUUAUUUAUCUCAAAAGAACCUUGUUUUAGAAGGAAUGACGGAAGAAUCAUCACAUCCAAUUAGUAUUCAAGCCCCGAAUGUUAUUGAAGUGACUAAUCAAAGAUACUCAAUAAUUUUAUAUCUUUCUCAAACUGCUACUAAAAUUAUUGUAAAUGGAAAUGAAGUUUAUGACUCUCCUUUCACAUAUCAAUUUAAGGCAACAAAUCCACAAAUGAACGGUGAUGGAUAUAUUGGUUUUAUUCCUGCUGAAUUGAGUGCUAAUGGUGAAAAAGCAAACUUUAAUGGUUUCAUUGAUGAAAUUUAUAUUGGAAGAGUGAACGGCAAGAGUGUCUCCCAAAUUAUGGAGUAUAUAACUGCAGGAUUUUCAUGCUUUGGAGUAUCUAUGACUGCUCCAGAAGUGUGCAAUAAUGGAAAUGGUAUUUGUUUGGGCAACAACGUUUGCAUAUGUAAUUCAAAUUACACUGGCACUUCUUGUAAUGCUCCAAUUUGUUUCGGUAUUGAAGUUGGAAACUCUAGAGUCUGUUCAGGUCACGGAAACUGUACAGGACCAAACGAAUGUUCAUGUGUACCAGGCUUCAUUGGAACGCAAUGUCAAACAGAUACAUCUUCAACUACUUGUGCUGAUCCAGAAGGAAACUGUACAGCCAACGAUCCUGAUAACUUCCUUGCUCAACGUAAUUCCACAUUUUCUCCCCCACCAUUGGAUUGUUCUGCACCUGAAAAUAGAUUUGCGUGCGGUACUGGGCCUUCUCAAACACCUUCUGUUGUUUUCAAUAUCAGUACCUGUCAGGAGGGAUAUUAUGGAGAACGUUGUGAUUUACCAAUUUGUUUUGGAGUCAAGUCAGAAGAUCCAAAAGUUUGCUCUGGAAAUGGUAAUUGUACCAUGAAAGAUUUUUGUGUUUGUUAUAACUCUACAUUCACUGGAACAAAUUGUCAUGUCGACCUGCAAUACCUCCAACAAGCUGCUUUAACCAAAUCUACAAUCAAAAGAGUAGCAGGUGCGUUCAACAUUAGGUUUGCAAUGAGCAUUGGAACUGAUGGCGUUGAAGAUCUUUCUGGUAUUGUCUCUACUACUGUGAGCAAUUUAACCAGAAAUUCAACAACCAAUUCGUUAGUGUUUGGCCCUGGAGCAACAGAAAUUGUAAUUCCAAAAACUGUCAAUUCCUCUUCUCUCGCUAUAUUCAGCAACAAUAUGUUUUUAUCGUUCAAGAUCAAAUUCCGUAACUUUACCAUGAAAAACCCAAUACUUUCUCUCACAACUGGAAUGUUUUUGAAAAUUUAUUUAGAAGAUACAACGCUCGUAAUUGAAGGAAAAACAACAGAUACAGAGAAAAAAGUUACCAAAAUUCCAUUCGCUAUUGAUUUAACAGGAGAAUGGUAUUCCAUCGUAUUGACAAAAUCAACCACUGAAGGAACAAUGUUACUUGUAAACAAUAACAUUGUAUUUAACGAUACAUUUAGCGACAAUUUCCAAACUACCAUGGAUUCUCAAAAUACUGACUCCUAUAUUGGUUUCGACUUUGUAAAUGGAUUGAAGUUUAAUCUUGAAGCUGAGAUGGAUGAGUUGGUUAUUUCUGAGUAUGAUGGAUCUGGGGCAACAAAUCUAACUCAAAACAUAACAAAAGCUUUCCAAUGUUUUGGAGUUUCCCUCAAUGAUCCUGGCGUUUGUAAUCGACAAGGUAUAUGUUUGGGCAGUGAUGUUUGCCAAUGUAAUUCCAAUUACACAGGCAAUGAUUGUUCUGUUCCAAUGUGCUUUGGUUUUUCUGCAAGUAAUAUCUCUUUUGUUUGUUCUGGGCAUGGUGAUUGUGAUUCUCCAAACAAGUGUUUAUGUAAAACAGGUUUCAUUGGCUCAAAUUGUUCAAUUGAUCAAAGCUCGACUGCGUGUGCCGGUAAGGAAAAUUGUACUCUCGAUGAUCCUAGCGCACAGUUAGCAGGUGACAAUAUUUAUAAUUGUGGUCCAGGUGCAUUAUCAAACAGAUUAACUGGUGCAAGUUCAGGACCAUCUGUAGUAUUUAAUGUUAGCACUUGUCAAGAAGGUUUUUAUGGAAAUUCGUGCGAGUUCCCAAUAUGUUUUUCAUUGAAAGCUGAAGAUCCUAACGUGUGUUCAGGUAAUGGCAAUUGUACAAAUCCUAAUUUUUGCAAGUGCUACGAUGGAUUUUCUGGAUCGAAUUGUCAAGUUGAUAACGCUUACUUGUUUGACUUACAAGUGACUCAGAACAGAAUUCUACGUGAUCGUGCAAAUACUUUCUUCAUUGGCUUGAAAUUCAAUGACAUGUUUUUCAAUUUUUACACUCCAACAUCCAAUAAUUACACCAAUGAUAAUAUGACAAGUAACUCUAAUGAUUCCAAUAACGGAACAAGCACAGGUGGAAUUUCAAAUAAUAACAUGACAAACAAUGCAACCUCUAGUUCUGAUAAUAGCAGUAAUGGUAACUUUACAAAUCCAAGUACGACAUUUAUUACAGAAAAGACAAUUCCUGAUCUAUCAUUUUCUAUAGAUUUACAUAUUGAAAAUGCUUCAGUGAGUAAUGACGGUUCAAUUGAAUUCAAAGAGGGAACACAAAUAAUGUUCAAAACAAGUGAAGAUUCAGAUUGUCCUCUUUCUGUAUUAACAGAUGAUUUUUAUGUUUCCUUUGACAUAAUGACCUAUUCUGUAAACAACACUGCUCCUAUUUUAUCUGUAGGAGAAGGUGCCAACUGGAGAAUCUAUUUGGAUGGCUUAAAACUUGUGGUUGAAGGAGAAACAACUGGAGUUGAACCCUAUCGAAUGAUUGUUGAAGAUGCCAUUCCCUAUGCCUUCAUGUGGUAUUCUAUUGCUAUUAUAAAAUCAUUUGAAACUAACAUAUUCAUUAAUGGAGAGUUGAAAGCUACAUUCAACAACGUACCAGAGUUUGUAUCGUCUAAUCCAAAUAAGAAUAGAGAAAGUUAUAUUGGAUUUUACUUCAUGGAUGGUAUCUCUUUCUAUUUUAAUGGUAAAUUAGACAAACUUGUAUUUGUCAAGUUGACAAACACAUCAAAACCAGCAAUAGAUGUCAUUUCAGAUGUUGCCUCUAGACCACUGUUCCGUUGUUUUGAUAUUCCAAUGACCGACAAAUCGGCAUGUAUGGGUCAAGGCAUUUGUUAUGGAAGUAACAAGUGUGUGUGCAAUUCAAGAUACUCAGGUGAAGAAUGUGAUACACCAAUUUGCUUUACAGUUCCAGCAAAUGACACUACGAAUGUUUGUAGCGGUAACGGAGUUUGCUCAUCACCAGACAAGUGUGAAUGUAAACCUGGUUUUAUUGGAAAGAUGUGUCAAACAGAAGCAACAAAAACUUCUUGUACUGAUCCUGACAAACCUUGUGUAACUGACAAUGCACAAGCAUACUUUACUGCGACAAACUCAACACCCACAGCCUCUUGUGCUCCAUUCUGUGAUGAAGCUGACACGACCACUGUUACAACAACGGCAGCAAUACCAAAAGGUUAUACUAUUCUUUUCGAUUUUGCAAAUCAACAUGGUGAAUAUCCAAAACCAUACACCGGAGGAGGUUUUUUAUAUUCUUCUGCUGCUGGUGAUUAUAACUUGGUUGCUUACAAUGUUGAAACGACUGUUGACAUGCAAUUACAUUUCAACAACAUGAGUAGACUUUCCAGCACAAAAUAUGGUGAUCCUUUCAGUGUUGCCUCCACAGACUUUACAUUUACCAUUAUGAUUUCUCUCAAUAAUGACUCUAUGGUGGACCAACCUCUUAUUGUUUCUAAUUUCAUUCUCUAUGUCACCACAAACGGUACAAUAAGAUAUACUGAAUUUUAUUUAGAUGGAAGUAAUCGUACAAUUGAAACUGCACCAAACACAGUCACAUUUGGAAAAUUGGUUAGCAUUGUUUUAUCUAAAAGUAAAACCAAUGGAGUGAAGAUUUAUGUGAACGGUCUUUCAAUUCAUAAGACCACCUCUGCAACGCGUACUAUUGAUUCUACUAGAGUUAAAACUUCAUUCAUUGGUGGUGAUCCUUUGACUCGUGUUAUUAUGUCAGGAGAUUUGUCUUUAUUGUCAAUAUUUACAGAUGUAAUGUCUGACAAACAGGUACUACUUGAAUAUUCUAAAUAUGUGUCAUGUUUUGGAGUACCUUCACAAAAUACUCAAACAUGUUCUGGACAUGGUAAAUGUAUAUAUUGGGACAAUUGUGAAUGUUCAAAAGGAUGGAUUGGUAAAAACUGUGAUGCACAUUUUGUUUCACAAGUUUUUAACUUUGAUCAAGCCACUAUUAAUGACAACACUGUGACUGUACCUUCUGCUCUCACACAAGAUAUAUUGUAUUGUCAUAACUGUUCCCUUGAGGGAGGUUUAACUUCUGAAAACAAUUCAAUUAGAUUCAAUGGAUACAGCUCUUCGAUCGAAUUUUUAACAAAUUCCACAUUCAAAUACUUGUACAACGACUUUACAGUAUCAUUUUGGAUCAAAAAGUAUCAAAAAUUUAAUUCCUCAUCUCAACAAAUUUUAUAUGUGGGGUCUCCAAGUUACUGGCAAUUAGUGGCCCAUGAACAGGGAUCUAAAUAUAGGCUUACCAUUAUUUCACAAUUUUCUACCACGACUGUAACGCCUUAUUUAACCUUUAAUAAGUGGUACAUGAUAACAAUUUCCAAAUCAUCUGAAGGCUAUGGACUUUCUGUAUGUGUUAAUGAUAAUUUUUCUGAUAUGAUACUUUUGGAUGAGUUCGAUAGUUGGAGAUUGUUAUUGGACGACGUUUUUAUUCCAUCAGCAAUUGGUUUUAAUCCAAUCACUAGCAGUAAUUAUUUUUAUGGAUUAAUUACUGGAAUGAAAUUUGAUGUAGGAGUCUUGAAUUCAGGAGAUAUACAAACGAGAUAUUUUAAUGAAGGACCAGUUUGUAACAACAUUGGAUAUACAUACAAGGCUAACCAAUGUAGUGGUCAAGGUCUAUGUAAUGAAUUCAAUAACUGUACAUGUUACGACAAUUUCAAGAAUCAAUUCUGUCAAGAUCAUUACUGUUUUGAUAUCAAAUCCACCAACUCUUCAGUUUGCAGUGGAAAAGGUACUUGUGUCAUUACUGGUUUGGGAAGUACAACAUGUAAUUGUUACACCAAUUGGACAGGUUUAGACUGCUCUCAACCAAUGUGCUUUGGAGUUGCUUCUAGAUCUCCCAAUGUUUGCAGUGGACGCGGAAGCUGUUACUAUGUCAAUAGUUGUAACUGCAGACAAGGAUAUACUGGACCCAAUUGUGAAUAUCCAAUCUGUUAUGGAAUUCCCAAAAACGAUUCAAGGUCCUGCAGUGGACAUGGAAUUUGUUCAGACACUGAUACAUGUAGAUGUUCAUCAGGAUGGUUUGGAUCUACUUGUGAAAUUCCAAGCUGUUUUGGAAUUUUAGCAAACGAAACUAAUUCAUGUCAUGGACGUAAUCAAGGAAACUGUACAAGUGUGAAUAUAUGUACAUGCACAAACGGUUUCAUUGGAAAGGAUUGUAAUUUGAUUAUGCCUCCAGUUGCUGAAAAGAAUUACAGUUUCUCAGAGCCUCAACAUGUCACUAAUGAUGAAACAGCAGAGACUCUUUAUAUAAUUGGAAGCGAAGGAAAUGAUAUAGUUUUUGUUGCACAUAACUUUAAUCUUGAUAACAACAAUAGUCUAGUUAUUGAUAGAAAUACAAAUCUCACACUAACGGUUCUAGACUCAAUUUUCAAAGUACCCGUCUAUCAGCCUUUUGACAUUAUCCUUUCAAACAACUUUACCGUAAUUCUGAAACUACAAUUUUAUUCUUCACUUGCAAGAACACAAACGCUCAUAUCAUUUGCAAGUGGAGCUGAUUGGUCUCUUGAUCACAUUGACGCUGGAUUUACUUUUUCAACCAAUGUUGUGGGAAAUCCAGCUUCGAAUAAGACAUACUUUAUUGAAGUACCUUUCUCACAAUUAUUCUUCCAAACCAACACGUCCUACACGGUUGCAUUUUCAAAGAGUUCCACAUACGGUUUAAGUUUCUUUGUUGAAGGUGUUAGAUUUGGAUACUUCCCAGAAGCAACAGAAAACUGGAGAGUUGAAGAUGUCACUCUCAAUACUUUGAACGUUAUUGGAUAUAAUCCUUUAGAUGCAGACAAGUUGUUUUUGGGUAGCAUUGCUCAAUUAGAAAUCAGCUGUGGUAUAAGUAAGAGCGACGAAUAUCUCACUGUUUGUAAUGGUUUACGAGCAAAUGAUCGACGUGUUUGCAGCGGUCAUGGCAAGUGUUUAUUCAGCGGAAAUUGUAGCUGUGACAGCGUACAUGAUGGUUACAAUUGCCAAUAUCCAAAAUGUUUCAAUGUUUCAUCAACACUUAACACCACCUGCUCUAGCUUUGGCUCAUGUGUGCAAGUUGAUACUUGUAAUUGCACAUAUGGCCACACUGGACGUAAUUGUGAGUUAUUGGUAUGUUUCGGAUUUACCCAAAACACAUCCACAGUUUGUAGUGGAGAAGGUGACUGUAUUGGGGUUGAUACAUGCAGCUGCAAACCUGGAUAUGUUGGUACUCAAUGUGAAAUUCCGAUUUGCUACAAUCAUUAUGCCAAUGACUCUCGUGUUUGCUCUUCCAACGGUAAUUGUACAAAAGCAGACCAUUGCCAAUGUAACUCCACCCACACAGGAUCCACCUGCGAAAUUCCAAUAUGUUUUGGAUUUGCUGCCAAUGACACCACAAAUGUUUGUAACAACCGAGGUAACUGCAGCGCACCAGAUGUUUGUAACUGUAGAGAAGGUUAUAUUGGUGCAAAUUGUUCCAUUCCAAUUUGUCAUGGAAUUGCUGCCAAUGAAACCAGUGUUUGUGGCAGAAUUGGUUAUUGCUUUGAUACGGAUUUGUGUAUCAACUACACUUGCAAUGGCACUUUUAGUAAUGACAGCUCAUCUUGCUCAGCAAAGGGAAUUUGUGUUGGCUAUGACAGAUGUGAGUGUGUUGAAAAUUACACUGGGCAAUUCUGUGAAAUUCCAAUUUGUUAUGGAUUCAGAGCUGAUAAUUCGAGUGCUUGCAGCAACAAGAAUGGUACUUGUGUUUCUGCAGAUAAUUGUGUCUGUAAUGAAGGAUAUACUGGUGAUGAAUGUGAAAUUCCAAUUUGUUAUGGAGUACUUUCGAACAACAAUUCAGUUUGUUCAUCUCACGGAAAUUGCGUUAGACACAACACUUGUAACUGUUCGUCAUCGUACACUGGCAAUAACUGUGAAAUUCCAAUUUGUUUUGGCUACCAUGCUGGUCAUCCGUCAUCUUGCAGUGGAUACGGUACAUGUGUUGGCGUUGACCACUGCGAGUGCUAUGAGGGCUACUCUGGGCACAAUUGCGAAGCUGCAAUAUGCUUUGGAAUUUUAUUUAACAAUGCCUCUGUUUGCUCGUCACACGGAAACUGUACUGCCGCUGAUCGUUGUGAAUGCACCUCAUCGUACACGGGCACCAUGUGUGAAAUCCCAAUAUGUUUUGGACUUGCUGCCAAUGACACCACAAAUGUUUGCAAUGAUCGUGGAAACUGCACCGCACCAGAUAUUUGUAACUGUAGAGAAGGAUAUACUGGCGAAAAUUGUUCCAUUCCAAUUUGUCAUGGAAUUGCUGCCAAUGAAACCAGUGUUUGUGGCAGAAUUGGUUAUUGUAUCGACAAGGAUUUAUGUAUCAACUACACGUGCAAUGGAACUGCCAGCAAUGACAUAUCAUCAUGCUCUUCACAUGGUAUUUGCAUCGGUUAUGACAUUUGUGAAUGCGAUGAAAAUUACGCUGGACAAUUCUGUGAAAUUCCAAUUUGUUAUGGAUUCAGAGCUGACAAUUCGAGUGUUUGUAGCAACAAGAAUGGUACUUGUAUUUCUGCCGAUAAUUGUGUCUGUAAUGAAGGAUAUACUGGUGAUGAAUGUGAAAUUCCAAUUUGUUAUGGAGUACUCUCGAACAAUGACUCUGUUUGUUCAUCUCACGGUAAUUGUACAAGACGAAACAAUUGUGAAUGCCUUCCAAUCUAUGUGGGCUCAAAUUGUGAAAUUCCAAUAUGCUUUAGAUUUGCUGCCAAUGACACCUCAAACGUUUGUAAUGAUCGUGGUGAUUGCAUUGCUCCCGAUAUUUGUAACUGUAGAGAAGGUUAUACUGGAGAAAAUUGUUCCAUUCCAAUAUGUCACGGAGUUGCUGCCAAUGAAACCAGUGUUUGUGGCAGAAUUGGUUAUUGUAUCGACAAGGAUUUGUGUAUCAAUUAUACCUGCAAUGGCACGGCCAGUAAUGACAGAUCAUCAUGCUCUUCACAUGGUCUCUGUACCGAGUAUGAUAUUUGCGAGUGUGAGGAAAAUUAUGUUGAUCAGUUCUGUGAGACUCCACUGUGUUACGGGCUCAGAGCUGAUAAUUCCAGUGUUUGCAGCAAUAUGAAUGGUACUUGUAUUUCUGCCGAUAAUUGUGUCUGUAAUGAAGGAUAUACUGGUGAUGAAUGUGAAAUUCCAAUUUGUUAUGGAGUACUUUCGAACAACAAUUCAGUUUGUUCAUCUCACGGUAAUUGUACCAAACGAAAUACUUGUGAAUGCAGCUCGGGUUAUAUAGGAUCUAAUUGCGAAAUUCCAAUAUGUUUUGGAUUUGCUGCCAAUGACACCACAAGCGUUUGUAAUGAUCGUGGUCAUUGUACAACACCAGAUGUUUGUAACUGUAGAGAAGGAUAUACUGGAGAAAAUUGUUCCAUUCCAAUUUGUCAUGGAAUUGCUGCCAAUGAAACCAGCGUUUGUGGCAGAAUUGGUUAUUGUAUCGACAAGGAUUUAUGUAUCAACUACACUUGCAAUGGAACUGCCAGUAAUGACAGAUCAUCAUGCUCUUCCCAUGGUCUCUGUACCGAGUAUGAUGUUUGUGAGUGUGAGGAAAAUUAUGUUGGCCAAUUCUGUGAAAUUCCAAUUUGUUAUGGAUUCAGAGCUGACAAUUCGAGUGUUUGUAGCAACAAGAAUGGUACUUGUAUUUCUGCCGAUAAUUGUGUCUGUAAUGAAGGAUAUACUGGUGAUGAAUGUGAAAUUCCAAUUUGUUAUGGAGUACUCUCGAACAAUGACACUGUUUGUUCCUCUCACGGUAAUUGUACAAGACGAGACAAUUGUGAAUGCAUCUUUGGUUAUGUGGGAUCCAACUGCGAUAUCCCAAUAUGCUUCAGUUUCAGAGCAGACAGUUCCAGCGUUUGUAAUGAUCGUGGCGAUUGUAUUGCUCCAGAUGUUUGUAAAUGCAGAGAAGGAUACAUUGGUGAAAAUUGCACAAUCGCUACCUGUCAUGGAAUACCUGAAAAUGAAACCAGUGUUUGUGGCAGAAUUGGUUAUUGUAUCGACAAGGAUUUGUGUAUCAAUUAUACCUGCAAUGGCACGGCCAGUAAUGACAGAUCAUCAUGCUCUUCCCAUGGUCUCUGUACCGAGUAUGAUAUUUGCGAGUGUGAGGAAAAUUAUGUUGGCCAAUUCUGUGAAAUUCCAAUUUGUUAUGGAUUAAGAGCUGACAAUUCAAGUGUUUGCAGCAAUAUGAAUGGUACUUGUAUUUCUUCCGAUAAUUGUGUCUGUAAUGACGGAUAUACUGGUGAUGAAUGUGAAAUUCCAAUUUGUUAUGGAGUACUUUCUAAUAAUGACUCUGUUUGUUCCUCUCACGGCAACUGUUCAUUGCAUAACCGGUGUGAUUGCAAAGAGAAUUAUUCUGGAUCUAACUGUGAAAUUCCAAUUUGUUAUGGAUAUAGAGCUGACAAUUCGAGUGUUUGCAGCAACAAGAAUGGUACUUGUGUUUCUGCAGAUAAUUGUGUCUGUAAUGAAGGAUAUACUGGUGAUGAAUGUGAAAUUCCAAUUUGUUAUGGAGUACUUUCGAACAACAAUUCAGUUUGUUCAUCUCACGGAAAUUGCACAAGAAGAGAUAAUUGUGAAUGUCAUGAAGGCUAUUCUGGUUCCAAUUGCGAAAUUCCAAUUUGUUAUGGCUAUCGUGCUGAUGAUCCUUAUGUUUGCAACCGUCAUAACGGAACAUGUAUUUCCUAUGACAAAUGUGAAUGCCUUAAUGGUUAUGGUGGUAUUAAUUGCUCAAUAUUUACCUGUAAUGGCGUGCUUGCGAAUGAUACAGAACACGUUUGUGAAAGAAAAGGUUACUGUAAUGGUCCUAACACUUGUAUCCCCUAUGUAUGCUUUGGAAUUGAAAGUACUAACUCGAGUGUUUGUUCAGGCAAAGGCUCAUGCUUUGCCCCCAAUAAUUGUACUUGUGAGGCUGGCUGGGGUGGAGAUGAAUGUACUGUUGAACUUGCUUGGUAUUGUCAUGGUAGAAACAACUGUUCUGGCCAUGGUAUUUGUGUCAGCUCUGACGUUUGUGAAUGUAGUGCUCUAUUUACUGGCGAUAAUUGCUCAGAGCCCGUAUGUAACGGCAAAUAUGGAAUGGAAGCAUGCACUUCUCGUGGUACAUGUGCUCACAAAGAAGAUGAAGGUGCUAACAAAUGCGAAUGUAUUCCAGGAUUUACUGGUAGCGAUUGUGAAUAUCUUGAAUUGUCAAACAAUAACUGUACCUAUGAUUUAGUGGAAUCGAUUCUUUUCAGCAAGGAUACUAUUGUACAAUUGAUAACAGACCUCUCGUGCUCAAAACAAGUCGUUGUGCACACAGAAGACAUCUCUUAUUUGAAUUUACCAUCUCCUCUCUCUAUAACUGAACCUAUUUUUGUUGAUGGAAAUUAUUUGUGUGUACUCAAUAUCGAAGACCAACAUCCACUCCUUGUCAAAAUAUCUCCACGCGAAGAGGUCAAGAAAAGAUCCUUGUCAACGGUGUCUAGAUUUGCUAUUUCCACCACUACCAUCUCCUGUGUGAACAGAAUUGAUAGAUUAUUCGUUGAUAAGGGUGGAUUAUUUGCAAUCACAUACUCCAAUGAAAGAAUGAGUCUACUGAUCAACGUUAUUGAUUCUUCCUCAGCAACCACAUGUACAGAAUACGAUUCCUUAAAUUUUGCACCACCAUCGAGUCAGUUUAUCUUUGAUGCAACUGGAAGUGAUGUGAACGAUAUUUCUCUAUUGAAUAUUGCAAACUCUACUCAUGUACUUGUGAAGGCAUACUUUAGAAGCAAUAGCUCCACGACUUUCAUCAGCUACGAAGUGGAUACCAAGACUAUCUCUACCAUUCCUGUACCCACACUAACAGCACAAACAAGAUUUAUUACUUCCCUGUUUGCUGCUCAUCAUAAUGGAAAGGAUCAAGAGAUUCUUGUUAUUGCUGCCAUACACAAUACCGAAACAUCAAUUUACCUCAAGAAUCCAGUUUCUCAUGAAGAAUUUGCGCUUGCUAGAUCAUUCCCGACUCAAUUCGGUCUAUUCGCUCAACUUGGCGAUGAUGUUCAGCUUGCCCAUAUUGGUUCUAAAUUAUUCAUGAUUAAUAGUAACAGAAGCCUGGUCAUUAUGAUCUACAACGACGAGAUUGUGUCAGAUAUUUAUUCAAUGUCACAAAUGUUACCAUUGACAAACAUGAACUCUAUUACUCCAAGCGUGUUAGGUUUAUCAAAGACUAGACUGCCAUUCAGCGGAACAACGAUUGGUAUCAACACUGAUCACAUUCCACGUCGCUCUCUUGUCACUGCUGUUGUCAAUGAAAAAUCAUUCUCCUUCACACUUACAGAAUCUUGUAUGUCAGGAUAUUCCUAUUGUAUCACAUUUGGCAACAAUGAAAUGGAGUCAGAAUUAAUUCACAGUAGAUCAAAGAAGGUUGAUUUAACAUUUAACAUUCAAUUACAAAGCACCAAUAACUCUACGAACAUUAUUGACAUUCCUACAACAUUGAACCUUACGUUCUAUGACAAUAGAUUGAAAUAUGUCAAACGUAUUGCCAAGAAUACUCUGGAGAUCUCAGGUACAUUCUUUAAUACCUCCAAGAUUACAGUUCUUUACGAGUUUAAUGUGAAUGGAGUUGCCAAGAACAAGAUGGUUUCUGGAAACUAUAUUUCUGAUGAAAAAAUCAUUGCCCCAUUCAAGAUUUCCGAGAUUACAUCUUUCAUUCCCGUUCAUGUAAGAGUGUCCAUUGAUGGAGGAGAAGAAUACACAAAGAAGGAAAUCCAAUGUAUUGUUAUUUAUCAAGACAUUGAACCCACUAUUGUCACUCCUCCUGUUGAUCCUACCACAAAUACUACAAACCCACCAACCACAACACCUGAAGUGGAAACUGUUCCAUUACGAGAGGAAGAAAUGGGUGCUCAAGGUGUUCUAGUCUUCUUACCCUCAAUAUUGACUUAUGGUACCGAUGAGGAAGGAAAUGAAACAACUCCAACGACAUUUGUAGAUCCAAAGACUGGAAAGGAAGAAAUUGCAGUUGUUAUCCCCAAAUUUACUCCUGUCAUUUCUGAGACGACUGGCGAAAUUAGUGUCAAGAUUACACUUGGAUUUGUGAACAAUGCAACCAAAGAGAAAUGUGCUGGAAAAGGAACGGAUACAAUUCAAAGUUUAAUUGCUUCUGACAGAAAAUUCUCACUCAUUAACAAACAUGUAUUCAUGCAAUUCUCAGUGGCCAAACCAGAAGUAUCCAAUGCCAAUAUUAUGGAAAUGGUUGUCACUGGUUCUAAUGGCGUUUAUUUCUCUAGCAGCCUUGGAGUACGAAAUGGAACCAGAAAAUUCAUCACAGAAAUGAGAUUCAAUGCUAUUACUCAGAGCCAGCUCAUCGAUUGCCCUUAUCCAUAUGACAUUACACAGUUAUUGGACAUGAGUAUUGAUCACGAUUUUUCAUCUUUGGAUCCAUCUUUGUGGUCCAAACAAGACACUUCCACUUGGAAAGCUUGGGCUUCACUCAAUGUCAUUAAUCCAUCCCUUAAGAAUUCUCAAAUUUGCAAGUCAAGAUUUAAUUUACCAAUCACAUAUACUGAAUUUAUUUCCAAGUUUGCAGAAAACUUUACCUUGUCCUUUGGAAGCAGUGUCACUUGUGAGGAUGUGACAACCAAGCCAUCUGUAACCAUUGAAUCCGAUUUGUCAGACAUGGGUGUGACUUGUAUGAAUGACAAGUGCGUAUCUGCCUUCUCAUUAGCAACUAAGAAGACUCUUGACUGGACAAUGAUUGCUGCAAUAGCUGGAGGAGGUGGUUUUGCUCUUAUCGUUCUACCAAUUGUACUUCUUGUAAUCAUUGCUGGUAUUUGCUAUUACAGAAGAAAGAAGAAGCAACAAAGCUCCAAGUUUGUCGUCUAUGAUCAUGGAAUUGCUGGAGUUGAUGAUUUGCAAUCUGCAAUGAAUGAUUUAUUUGAUAAGAUGAACGAAAAAUCAAAUGACACUACGAGUUCAGCUUCCUCCAUUGGCCAAAAUCCUACAGGUAAAAAGGCUGAAGAUAUUGAAGAAGAUAAUGUAGUAGAUGCUUAUCAAGCAGCUUAUAGCAAUUGGAUGUAA